CUAUCUGUGGCAUCGCAACCUGCUUGACAUCAUUAGCUACCAUAUGAUCCCUCAUUGAUUUUAGUGAACUUUCUAGUGAAUCAUAGCUUGGAAGUACACCUGGUGCUGUCAUUGGCUUCGUCACUAAGUAGUAAAUGUAUCUGUCUGGAUUUUGGACUUUUAGGACUGCACAGCCACCGGAUUUGACCUGGAAUGUGAGAUUUUGAUGGUUUUAUGAGUUAAGGGAUGAUUUUUGAUGGGGUUGGGCUAAAAGUUUUGGAAUAAUUUUGGAUAAUCUUAGCAAAAAAUCUAAAAUAGCAAGCAACACCCAACAAGGAGCUCAACUAAGCAUUAGACAUUACAUUCUGACUCUUUAGAUAAUCAACUUUUCCAAACAGAUCACGAAACUUGACAGCUAUUCCCAUUCCCAUCUUGAAAUCAGCUCCGACACAAUGUGCAAGUGACACUGUGGCUGAGAAUAAGUCGCCAUUUAUAGUUUUCAAUACGAAUCCCAUCGUAAUUUCUGGAAUAUUUUGAGUUAAGUUUAAAUUGUCCGAUUGAGAUUUUGUGUAUGGCCGGCUGAGGAGAAUAAUGUAGUAGAAUUUUUGAUUUGCAGCCAACUUCAGGGUCGCAUUUAGAGUCCAUAGCAUUAUAAAAUAAGGAACUGACGUCAAAAUAACCUAAAAAUCCAACAAAGACUUCAAAAACCAGCAAGAACUCGCAAUAACCAGCACAAAAUCCACCUCAAAAAAAAUCACAAAAUGCAAAUAAAAAUAAAAGAAAUCAACGGCGACGAGUUCCUCAUCCAAAUCGAGCCAACCGAGACAGUUGCAGCACUAAAGUCAAAAAUUGAGAUUGAGAAGAAAAUUUCCACGAUGGAGAUGAAGUUGCUGUUUAGUGGGAAAGUCCUUCAAGAUGACAAGACAUUGGAUGACUAUAAAGUCAGUGAGACGAGUAAAAUUAUGCUGACUAGAGUGAAGGUGGAUUUAAAGAGUUUAGUGCAGAAGGUGCUGACUAAGUACUACGAUUCUGAAAAAGCUGCAUCAAUCGCAACCUUAGUCGUGGCUAACAUGAAGAAAAGAGUUCAGGAAUAUUCAUUAGAUGAUGUUGAAAGACUUGCAGAGUCCUGGAACCAAACUAGAUAAAAUCAUUGAAUAUAUUUUUAA